GGUAAUCAUGGUACCAUCUGGUCCGGGAAUAGGAGGUCGGUCAAGAUAUAAUGUCAUGAUGGUGGUGACACCCAAAUCGUUUUGAUUUAACACCCAAUGAUUGAUUUUCCCAUCGAUGCUUACGCUAUAAAAGAUAGCCUGAUGUAUAACGGACUGAAAGAUUGUUAAUUUCAAUCUUCUAAAAUGAUGGAGGAUAGUGGAAUAGAAAGUGAUCCAAAAGCUUUGAAUCAGUUGGAGGACGAAAGAUUAUUUCCGGGCAGUGACAGCAGUAGCAGUAGUAUUCACGUACCAACGCCACAGCGAAGCACUACUAAACAGUUGCAAAAGAAACUAGAGGCUCGCAUAGAGCAAGCAAAAAGAAUUCAACGGAUUUCCGAGUACAAAAAACUGCCCAAUAGUGGUGGCGGGAAUUCUGGUUCUGGAAGUAGUACGGGACUCAUUUCUAUUCAAAGAUUGCCCAUACCGCACAAAGGAAAGGAGCAUCAUCCAUUGGUCGAAUAUUGGCAAAGUGACAGUGAAAGCGAAGCUGAGAUGACGUUGUACCCUCUUUCCCGUUCCAAAGAUUCAAGCAAACACAAACAGGACCUAACGGAUACAUUCAGCAUCGAAGAGUUGAGCGAAGGAAGCGAGGACUCGUUACACUUGGGUCCAGCUCAGUCGUCUCAUCCUCAUGCACGUACAUAUACCCCGGUUGGCUGUUUCACCUGCCAUUGCCAUAUAUUGUAAAUCAUUUGAGAUCAAGUUGAUGGCCAAAUAAUACAAUGCUUUAAUCUCAUCUGUUCGCAUACAGUUUGUGACGAUUGUUACUCUCAAUGCCAAUGGUAAUGACUAUAUUUAAAGUUUACUGAGAUUCCGAGUCUAAACCUGUCGAUACAUAAUUAUAUUGCAUCAUU